UACUCUCAUUUUGUAUUUUCUAUCCGAAGAGUGCGCUUAGUGCCCGCUGCUGUUACGGGCGUUUUAGUGUAAGGCAGCAACAACAACAACAACAACAGCAAUACCAACAUUUAAUACCUGAAGAACCAAAAUCAAACCCGCCAUCGUUUCGCGGCUUCGCUUGAGUCUUUUUUUUGGGUUCGUCGCAACGUCGCGUCGUCGUUUCUUUUUUUUUUUUUGUUGUUUUGUUGUUGUUGGUCGAUUGAGAGCCAUCCAAAAAAGAGCCAGAGCGCGCCCCGAAGAACCAACGCAGACGCGUACACAGGCAGAUCAGAUCCAGAUCCAGAAGAGUGCUCUGCCAAAUCCAAGCCUAGACACACACCAACGACAACAACAACUACAACAUCAACAAUUGCAUCUGUGUGUUGCGCGCGGGCGGUGUGUGUGUGUGCGUAAUUUUUUGUUGUUUUAAUAGUGCUUGCUUGCAUGUGCAUUCUUGAGCCCGAAACUGAAGAGUUAUGUUGGACAAGUGAAUAAUAUCGAUUGCAACCUGUGAAGAAGAAGAUCACAAUUCGAAAGCCGCUGCUCUAAAAAAAAAAACUCGCACACAAAAAAGAUACAAUUUAAAACGAAGGAUUCGAUUAAAAAGGAAUUACAAUCAACGAACUACGAGAAGAAACCUCUCUCUGUCCAUUAUAUAUAUAUCACCGCCAAAUUUUUGAAUUGAGGUGCCAAAAUGUUUGAUGUAUUCGGCUCCGUUAAGGGGCUACUUAAGAUCGAUCAGGUCUGCAUCGAUAAUAAUGUCUUUCGUAUGCAUUAUAAGGCAACGGUAAUCAUAUUGAUUGCAUUCUCGCUUCUGGUAACAUCACGUCAAUAUAUUGGUGAUCCAAUUGAUUGUAUUGUCGAUGAGAUACCAUUGGGUGUUAUGGACACAUAUUGCUGGAUUUAUUCAACAUUCACGGUACCGGAACGUUUGACCGGAGUAACGGGACGGGAUGUGGUGCAACCUGGCGUCGGUUCACAUGUGGAAGGGCAGGAUGAAGUGAAAUACCAUAAAUAUUAUCAAUGGGUAUGCUUCGUGCUCUUCUUUCAGGCGAUAUUGUUCUAUGUGCCGCGUUAUCUAUGGAAAUCAUGGGAAGGUGGACGCCUUAAGAUGCUUGUUAUGGAUCUCAAUAGCCCGAUUGUGAAUGAUGAGUGUAAAAAUGAUCGUAAAAAGAUAUUGGUCAAUUAUUUUGUUGGCAAUCUGAAUCGUCAUAAUUUCUAUGCAUUCCGUUUCUUUGUCUGUGAGGCAUUGAAUUUUGUCAAUGUGAUUGGACAGAUCUAUUUUGUGGAUUUCUUUCUGGAUGGUGAAUUCAGCACUUAUGGCAGUGAUGUAUUGAAAUUUACUGAAAUGGAACCGGAUGAGCGUAUCGAUCCCAUGGCACGGGUCUUUCCGAAGGUCACCAAAUGUACAUUCCACAAAUACGGUCCAUCUGGUAGUGUGCAGAAAUUCGAUGGAUUGUGUGUGCUGCCGCUGAAUAUUGUCAAUGAGAAAAUCUAUGUGUUCCUAUGGUUCUGGUUCAUCAUUCUGAGCAUAUUGUCGGGCAUAUCGUUAAUCUAUCGCAUUGCCGUUGUCGUUGGACCCAAAUUGCGUCACCUGUUGCUCCGUGCCCGUUCCCGUUUGGCCGAAAGCGAUGAAGUUGAAUUGGUGGCCAACAAGUGUAAUAUCGGUGAUUGGUUUCUGCUCUAUCAGUUGGGCAAGAAUAUCGAUCCAUUGAUCUACAAGGAGGUGAUAGCCGAUCUAUUCCGUGAAUUUGGAGGUGAUGGACAGAGUGCCCAUAAGCAGCCAUUCGAUGCCUAAGCAAACAACAACAACAACAACUACAACAACAGCCUACAAAACAACCGCUAGAAGUUUGUUCCAUUUUGGGGGGCGUGGCAGUGUGCAAGUGUUGCCAUUGCGCACAGCUUAUCAAAAUGAAGAAUCACGAUGAUGAUGAUGAUAAUGAUGAUGAUGAUGAUGAUGAUGAUUACAAAACUAAAAAAAAAAUAAUGGUUGCAACUGUUAUUUUGGUAUAGAAUGAUGAGCCUUUUGGAGGGAGCUAAUAUAUAUAUAUAUACAUAUAUAUAUAUAUAAAUAUAUACAUAGAACACAUAUCAACGAAUUCCAAUGUAAAACGUUUUGUGUUUAAAAAAAAAAAUAUUUUGCUACUACAACACGUAUAAUUUUACUAUAACAACAACAACAACAGAAUGUAAAAUACAAGAGAAAAGAAAACAUAUAGUACUAUAUAUAUGUAUAUAUUUAUAUAUGUAUAGUAUAUAAAUGAAGUGAGAGAGAGAAGACGGAGAUGGAGCUCCGUGUGCCAAGACGACAAUCAUUUUGUUUUUAUAUAUACAUAAAUAUAUUAACAAAAGAUCGAAACAAAGCCUCUAAAAGACAACAGAAGUGCAUGCAUUUUUAUUUUUUUCAAAUAUACAAUAACACCAUUAAAUAUUUUUCUACAUAUACCUAUAUACAUAUAUAUAUAUAUAUAUAUAAAAUUAUGUGAAUACAUAAUACAUAUAUAUAUACAUACAUAUAUAUU